CAUGCCGCCUGGGCCGGUGCGGCAGAGGUCAGCGCUGGGCAGUGGGCAGAAGCCGGCGACUGUGCGGGCGGUCUCCUGGGACCCUCGUGUGAGCGGCAUUGGAGACAUCUGCCUGUGAGAUAAAAGUGUCUACAGAACUAUGGAUGAUGCAAGGACUGUACUUGAUAUUAAAGAGUACCCUGACACCGAGGUACAAAAAAACCGAGUACUAACUCUGGAAGAAUGGCAAGACAAGUGGGUGAGCCGCAAAAUUGGCUUUCAUCAAGAGCAAGGACACAAGCUAUUAAAGAAGCAUCUGGAUGCUUUUCUGAAAGGCGAGAGUGGACUGAGGGUGUUUUUUCCUCUUUGUGGAAAAGCAGUCGAGAUGAAAUGGUUUGCAGACCGAGGACACAGCGUAGUUGGUGUAGAAAUCAGUGAACUUGGGAUACUGGAAUUUUUCUCGGAGCAGAAUCUUUCUUACUCGGAAGAACCAAUCACUGAAGUUCCUGGAGCCAAAGUGUUUAAGAGUUCUGCGGGGAAUAUCUCAUUGUACUGUUGCAGCAUUUUUGAUCUUCCCAGACUAAAUAUCGGGAAAUUUGACAGAAUUUGGGAUAGAGGAGCAUUAGUGGCUGUUAAUCCAAGCGAUCGAAAACGCUAUGCAGAUGUCAUGUUGUCCCUGCUGAAGGAAGGGUUCCACUACCUCCUGGCUGUGCUUUCUUACGACCCAACUAAACACGCAGGCCCACCAUUUUAUGUUCCUGAUGCCGAAAUUAAAAUGUUGUUUGAUACAAAAUGCAAGAUUCAUUGUCUUGAGAAGGUUGAUGCAUUUGAAGAGCGACAUAAAAGUUGGGGAAUUGACUACAUUUUCGAAAAGCUAUAUCUACUUACUGAAAAGUAAAUCAGACAUAAAUAAAAUUGAGUAACUUCAAAAUAGUUUUUUAGCAAUUGAAAACUAUGCCAGGACCCAAAAAUAUAAUGGAUGAAUUUCUAAAAAAAAAAAUCAUAAAAUCAUAUCACAGCUUUUUGUUCAGAAAUGCACCUAGCUUUUUGGAAGAAAACAUAUACUAAGAUGUCAGAUUAGCGCUUCUGGAGAGGAGAGUAUGAUUGAGGGCAAGAGAUUAUACCUGUGUAUGUCUUACAGAUGGCAAGAAUUUAUUACAAUCAGCAUGUAUUACUUAUUAUAGUAAAAUUACUUUGAAAAGAAAAGAAAAAUGCAGUUAUAUACAAAUUAACAAAAUAUAAUAGCUACAGAAACACAUUCUUUAUGGAAUUUAGAAUGGCUAAAGAAAUGUACUAUUUCAAUAGAGUUUAAAGUAGCCCAAUAAAUAAUAUAAAAAUUAGCUUUUACUGUAAACCCUCAUCUUAUGCUCAAAUCCUAGCACCACUUUUGACCUGGUUUUUUCCAUGCAUAAUUUUGUAUGUAACAGAAUCAAGAAUCGGAAAUUUUUUAAUUGAAUAAACCAAACUGUGUAGAGCAAAAUCUUUUUCUGAAACUGUAAGAAUUUCUAAAGAUAUUUUUCUGAGUUUGGCAAUUGUUUGUUUCUUCUUUGUUUACAUGAUCAGGCCUUAGGAAGUAUAACACAUUUAGGGCUAGAUUCAUGUCUGAAAACUUAGAUUCAAAUCUCUGGGUUUUUCAUUAAUAAUCACGUUUUAGUAAGUCACAUAUUCCUCUCAAAUCCUGUAUUAGCAUUUUUUAGAUCAGCUCAUGUUGAUAAGAUGGCGUGUGUUACAAAAUAUAAGUUACAGGGGCAGGUGUGGUAGCAUAGCAGUUAAAGCCUGGUAUGAGUCCCAGCUGCUCUACUUCUGAUCCAGCUCCCUAUUAAUGUACCUGGGAAAGCAGCAGCAGAUGACCCAAGUCUUUGGUUCCCUGCCACCCACUUGGGAGACCCAGAAGCUCUUGGCUCCUGGGUUUGAAUUGGUCUAGCUCCGGCCAUUGUGGCCAUUUGGGGAGUGAACCAGCAGUUGGAAGAUCUCACUCUGUCUCUCUCUCUCUCUUUAACUCUGUCUUUCAAAUAAAUAAGUCUUUAGAAAAGCAAAAUAUAAGUUACAGUAAGUCCCCAUUUAUCUGUGGUUUUACUUCCCACAAUUUCAUUACCCUCCAUCUACUGUGGUCUCAAAAUAUUAAAAAUUCCAGAAAUAAAUGAAUUGUGUAUUUUGAGUAGAAUGAUGAAAUCUAUUGCUAUCCUGCCUUUUCUCACUUGGGACAUGAAUCAUGCCUCUGUCCAGCUGUGUACACUCUCCACCCUCUGGUCACUUAGCAGCCACCUGGGUUAUCAGAUCUAUCAUGACAGUAUCACAGGGCUUGUGCUUAAGUAAGCCUUAGAUAGUGAAUAAUGGCCCCAAAGUGGAGGAGUAGUAGUGUUGGCCAU